AUGAUGGACAAGAUGAGAGACAAUAAGUACAGGUCCAGUGAAACCAAAAGAAUCAAUAUCAUGCUGCUCUCCAUUGUGGUAGCAUUUGCAGUCUGCUGGUUACCGCUUACCAUCGUUAACACUGUGUUUGAUUGGAAUCAUCAGAUCAUUGCUACCUGCAGCCACAAUCUGUUAUUCCUGCUCUGCCACCUCACGGCAAUGAUAUCCACUUGUGUCAACCCCAUAUUUUAUGGGUUCCUGAACAAAAACUUCCAGAGAGACUUGCAGUUCUUAUUUAACUUUUGUGAUUUCCGAUCUCAGGAUGAUGAUUAUGAGACAAUAGCCAUGUCCACCAUGCACACAGAUGUUUCUAAGACUUCUUUGAAGCAAGCCAGCCCAGUGGCGUUUAAAAAAAUCAACAUUGAUGAUAAUGAAAAAAUCUGAAACUGCUUCUAGGCUGCGGUCCCAGAUAACAUCUGUUUAAAAACAAGCACAACCUGCAACAUACUUUGAUUACUUGUUCUCCCAAGAAAUGGGGUUGAAAUCAUUUGAAAAUGACCAAGAUUUUGUGUCUUGCAUUUUACUG